AUGGCUUCCUCAACCAGCAGCGCUAGCCUCAGGGCUAGAUACGCACAAGCUGUCACGGCCCUGCUCGAGUCAAUUACGUCAAGCCCAAAGCUCACUUAUUCAAACAAGGAUCUCACGGAGCUCAAAAAUGUCACCCUUACGACGUUCAAGGCUGAGGAUCCUGAAUAUGUUGCAUCGAAGCUUUGUCUCUUCAAACCUAUGCCGUCCAAGAAUCUCGAGGAAUCCUCGUUUGACGAGCCAAAGAAUGCCGAUGAUGUUUACUACGUGAACGCAGAACGUGCCUUCUUACAUCUUACGGAACUAUAUGAGGACUCAUUUAAGAGGAGCAAGAGCGGCUCUACGAAACUUGCUCUUAGUUGUGGUUGGACUCAUAUCAAAUUCGAAAACCCUUUCUCCGAGCUACCUCAAGUCUUUCUGGCUGGCUAUCGACCCAGCGAUCAGAUUCCAUUUUGGAAAGUACGGGCCAAAUACGAGUGGCGAAACAAAGGAAUAGUUCGCCCACAUAUCAUGCUUGUCGUACGCACUGGAGCAAUCGCGUUCGAGGGUGAAUUACUUUUCUGCGAGCUAUCGUGCAUCGCCCAAGCUAUCAAGAAUCGCCUGAUGCAGAUGGAAUUUGAGGCCACCUCGCUCAUCCCGGUCUUCGUUAUUUCCCUCUGUGGGCCAGGAAAUGGCCGCCUCAUUCAGGCGAACUACGACAAGUCUGGCAUCUUGAGGGUCAGGGCUUCGCCAGUUUACCCCCUCCAGGGCAGAGAUAGCCCAUCUUGGCGUCUCUUCCUACAAUACCUCGCUUGCGGCCCUUACAAUGGCACAGACGCUGAAGAUGCCGAUGACUCAACGGAGUCUAAGUAUGUAAUCGGAGAGACCCAACCCCGGAAAAAUAUCCAUGCAUCUUCUCAGGAGCAAAAGCCCGCCCUCCAGAGUACCCUCUGUUGUCACGAAGAAGACAAAGAGAACGCCCCCCCUGACGUUCAUAAGGACUUCUAA